CCAACCAUGUCUCUCAAGGUCGUCGUCCUCGCCUGCGUGGCUGUCGUUGCUCUGUGCGACAAGGCCCCAGUCUACGCCCCUCCUCCUCCCGCCUACGCCCCUGCACCUUACCACGCCCCCGAACCUGCCUACCACGCCCCUGCACACUACGAGCCCGAAUACCCUGAUGUCCCACCCAAGUACAACUACAACUACGGCGUCGCCGACGGCUACUCCGGCGCCAACUUCGGCCACACUGAGUCCCGCGACGGCUACAAGACCGAGGGCAGCUACACCGUCGACCUCCCCGACGGCCGCAAGCAGAUCGUCAAGUACGUAGACAACGGCGACGGUCUGAUUGCUGAAGUCACCUACGAGGGCGAGGCUCAGUACCCCGAGCACACGCCCGCCUACAAGCCCGCUCCCCCCGCCUACGGCCCCCCUCCCCCCACUUAUGCUUAAACAUGCCUUAUCAAGCCUAGCAGAGAGAAUUAUAUAAGGGAAUAUAUGUCAGGAACAUAUACUCAUCUAAUUGUAUUUAUUUUCUCAUAUGAAAUAAAUCUU